CAGAAGACAACUGCUCUGUGUUCUCUGUGGCACCAUCAGAGCCACCCUGUUCAGCAUGCCCAUGACCUACACACUGGGACAAGUGAAAAGCCCCCAGUUAUAACAGUUUUGGAGAAGCAACCACACAUAUUGUGUUUCCUGUGAGAGGGAAUGAGGCACGGUGGCUGACAGCGGUCGAGCGACAGAGCUGCGAAGAGAUCGACCAGAAGUGGACAGUUAGACAUGGGGAUCGCAAAGAGCACGGCUAAGGGCCACCAGCAAACUGUGGCCGACGCUGACGUUCAGCUGAAAGCAAGCGAUGAUGACAUGCUGAUAGUCCUCACAGACUACCCCUCCCCAGACAUAAGUGAGCCAAUCUUCAGGAUGGGGGAAAGACUCAAAGGCCUCGGAGAAGAAGGUUCCUGGUGGAAAGUCCGGUCCCUCAAAACAGGCCAUGACAACUACAUUCCAUGCAUCCACGUUGCAAAGAUUUACCAUGGAUGGCUGUUUGAGGGUGUGGUGAGGCAAAAGGCAGAGGAGCUCCUGCGGAUGCCUGGAAAUAUAGUCGGCUCUUUUAUGGUCCGAGAGAGUCCCAAAGAGAGAGGGGUCUACUCAUUGUCCGUGAAGCACAGAGCCAUCAAGCACUAUAAAAUUUUCCGCAUGGCCAACAGCUGGUACUACAUCUCCCCGCGCCUCACCUUCCCAAGCCUGGAGGACAUGGUCAACCACUACUUGGAUGCAGCGGACGGCCUGUGUUCCGUUCUGACUGCUCCCUGUCUGGCGUUUACAGCCAACGCCCCGAGCACCGUCCCCCAGCACCCACCUGUGGUUAUGCGCCACAACUUUGACUGGAAGAACGUGGACAGGUCCCAGCUUCUCAACGCCAACUCUGCAGACAACCAGCACGCCAGGGACAUGGUCAGUUUUGGCGUGAGGAAUAGCAUAGCCUCUUACCUGUCCCUGGCCGAGACGACAGACAGCAGCAGGACCAGCAACCGUAAAAAGAAGAGUAAAUCUGUCUACUUGAUGACAGAUACCAGCAACACACUCUACGAGGAGGAUUAUGAUUAAGGCCUUGGGGAGAGGGGGAGGAGGACUUUGGAUGGUCUUGGGAUUUUUUUUGUACCCAAGUGGAACAGACAUUGCUAAAUCUUGGACUCGUCCAGUUAAACACACUUGACAUAUUCUCGUCCUUAAAGAAAGAGUGGAAGAGUAACGUGGGGAUGAGGCCACUAUAUGUGUCCACUGUGAGGAUAGUCAGUGAGGAGAAGACUGAAUGCUUUCCUUGGCAGGGUGAUUGCCUUUUAAACAAACUUGCUGUGUGUGUGUGUGUGUGUGUGUGUGUGUGUGUGUGUG